GAGACGGCAAGGCCUGUGAAACCUUACAUCAUUAUUAGAACGUGCCUCAGAUAGAUAGACUUGAUCUUGAAAUAUCACGUAAUCGAUAUCUGUAUGUUUAUAACCAUUGUCAUUCAUAUUUAUCAAUUCAUGAUGUAUUAUAAACACAACCCGUAAACAAUGUAUAAAUAAUAUAUAGCAUUUGGCUAAGGAAGAUUCAUUCAGUGUGUGUAUUCAUUCAUUAUUGAAUUACAUCAUACAGUUGUCAAUUCUAUAGUCUGUGCUCCGUUCAACAUGUCUUAAGAAAUAAACACCUUAGAUGAGUCUGCCGAACAUUAUUCGUCAUCCCUCCACCGCAUAGACGAUUAGCCGAACCUACCCUAGUUGGGUACAUCACAUGGCGAUCCUGCCAGUCGUAUGCGGUUAGAGGUCCAUAUGGUUUUCACUGAGUAUUCGUAGCCAAGCCAAGAUGGGAUCGGGACAGUCCAAACAAGAGGAGGUUAUAAUUGCCCAAACUGGAAAUAGUGCAGCAGCGUCAUCGAUUGAGUCCAAGACCCCCUCUACACCGGAAAUCUUAGGGAUAAUCGCUUUCAUUGUAGUAUGUAUUGGAGUCAUCCUAUAUUUAUAUUGGAGAGUCAAGAAGGCGAUUGAAAAGAAGGUACAGCUGGAGGUCAGGAGAAGCCACCAGGACCUAGUGUAAAGGAAAAAUAUACCGUAAGAAUUUUUUCCUUGUUAUGUCUAAUUUUCCAUGGAAUUUGAUGAACUAUUUGCCGAGUUAAGUGGGGUGUCUCAAAAAUUCCUCGAAAAUAUCAGAAAGGAGCCGCGAGAACGUAGGGAACGGGCCGAUAGAGUCGAUAAAUUUCUCAAUGAACUAGUGCAGUUAGAAUAUAAAUUCAACAAGUUGAAUAAAACUGUCAAGUCGGAACCAAAUUUUCUCAAAGCAUUGAAUCCUCACCAAGCAAUCAUAGAAAAGUCACUGUCAGAAUCUAGAAAAUUGCUUCAAGAAAGGUCUAAAUUAAUUGAAGAUAAACAGCAUUCAGAAAAAUCAACAAUGACGGAAAAAUUUGACUUGAGGACAGCAUCCUCUUUAUUGCCAGCUAUUACUAAUGAAGAAGAGUCCGUAUUGCAAUUAAUUGAUGCCAUAGAGUUAUAUACCGAUAUGCUCGAUGAUCAAGGUAAAAAGUCUCUGAUCAAUUAUGUGCUAAAAAUCAAAUUGACUGCAAAUGCUAAAUUGAGGUUACGGAAAGAGUAUCAGAAAGUUGAAGAUUUGGUAAUAGAUAUGAAAAAAACCCUCAUAACAAAAAAGUCACCAACAGCUUUAUCAACUCAACUCCACAAUCUGAAACAAGAAAAUAAGACAAUAGAAGAUUUUGCUAAACUAGUUGAACAGUUGUCUCUCGAUUUAACGAUCGCUCAAGCAGAUAAUGCACCGCGGUCGCAAGUUCACCAAUCAUUCGAAAAACAAUAACAAAGGGUACUCGAAACAGC